AUGUCGCUCAUCACUCCUCAGUCUCGCGAGCCAGGCAAAAAGAAGGGAAAUUUUCGCAGAAACGACAACAAUCGUAUUUAUGCAAACCCGUUGCCGCUAGUAUUCUCGCCUGAAGAAAAGAAUGUCUGGUCAAGUCAUAAAGUCUUGGGUCUGUUUGGACUUGCAGGCUCUCGCAUACAGAAUCCUCAUUGCGAAGGAGUAUUUGAUGCACAUACCCGGUCGGUCUGGGUGACAAAUUCGGAUUACUCGACGACCUUAUGGCGAAGGGGUUUCUUUGGCAAAGGUACUCUAUCUCGGAGUGAGCCUAGCUGGUUAGCUCGGCAAAUCAAUGCAAGACAAAACGCCGAGAAGAAUAUGGUUUCUGAACAGGUCACCGCGAAACGAAGAGCAGAGCGAAAGCAAUUCAAGCUCGAUCGUGCGAGAGCCAUAGCUCAGGCAGCGGCAGCGGCCGAAGCAGCAUUUGCUGAGGGUCGCAUAUUGACUGUGGAAGAAACAGGCAUUGUUAUCCCGUCCGCUGCGACAUGGAAGCCAUCAAGACCCGCAUCUCCUCCGCCUCCAGCCCCUGAACCAUCAACCCCCACCACUCAGAAAGAUCCUCCCGAGGACGAGGAUAUUAUUCCUGAGAACAUGGAGCAUCUGCAGCUUACUCUUCAAGAAGCCUUCUUCCUGGCGUGGACACUAGACUGUCUUAUGAUUGUCGAUCCCGAUACGCAUGCGGCUAUGUCGCUCCAACAGAUAUGGCAGACGUUCCAGCUGGUCCAUUUCCCACUCUAUUUCAGCGCCUCCCAAGAACUAUCCAAUCUACGCUUCGACAACCCAUUCCUGAUCAAUUACGUUGUGUACCAUCAUUACCGAUCCUUAGGGUGGGUCGUCCGCAGUGGGAUCAAAUUCUGCGUCGACUACCUAUUGUACAAGCGAGGACCCGUCUUCCAUCACGCCGAAUUUGCUAUAGUGGUGUGUCCCGUGUACGAGGACGAGCAAGAUAGGGAAACGUGUCCAUUCGAUCUGCAGAAUGUUGAUCCAUUCUCCUGGACUUGGCUCAGUACUGUCAAUCGGGUCAACUCGCAGGUUCAGAAGACCCUGGUAUUGACCUAUGUGACUAUCCCGAGCCGCUCUAGGUGCCAUUCAGUUUUGCUCGCGUCCCCCGCCUGCCUCCAGUUUUUUACAGUGCGAGAGGUUGUAUUACGGCGGUUCAUCCCUGCGAGAAUGCGAGACUGA